CUUGUUGCCAAAUUAUGCUCACGCCUUAUCUUGUGGAUCAUGCCAAGCCUGUCCUGCCUGUCCGUUUAUUGUUUUGUUCCCGCCUCUUCUGAGACAAACUGAAAUUGUGAGAUGGCAACUGGACCAGCCCUGUCCGCUGCUUAUGGCCCUAGAAAAACUGUAAAAAACGAAUUUAGGGAUCUCUUUUCUCUAUUAGAUGUUCUUUAUGCAGAUCAGUUUGAAGAAGAUGAUCCAGCUGAUCAAACAGAGGAAAACUUUUACAGAGGGGCCCCGCCAAACUGGUUGGAUUUUCACAAUAAUGAGCAAACCGCAUCCUCUGGCAGUGAAACUCUUUUUAUCAAACGAGAUGGAUAUGAAAAACUUAAGGAGCAAAUUCAAAAGCAAAGAAAACUCCCUGGGAUACCCACAGUUAAACUGUUCCACCAAUCAGGAAGUGGAGGGACUACAAUGGCCAUGCAGGUGUUGUGGGAUUUAAAGAAAACCUUCCGCUGUGCUGUUCUUACAAACUCAAGCUCAAACACCACAGGAGUUGCACAGGAAGUGGUCCAGCUUUUCACAGCGGGCAGCCAAGGCCACCAGAAAACCGUGCUGCUGUUAAUAAAUGAAGAGCAGAUCCUUGACAAUCUCCAAGAGAGCAUCAUGAUGACUUUUAAGGAGCAAGACAUAGUUACCCGCAUGCCUGUGGCAAUUUUACUUAGCUGUGUGAGAAAGGAUGUCCUGCUACAAAAUGAAAACGUUUUCCUGAGAAGAGAGCUGUCAGAGAAUGAACAAAAAAAAUUCAAUGAGAAGAAGAAUGAGCUCACUACAAAGUAUGGCAAAAAAAUCCAAGAGCUGCAUGGCUUUAACAUAAUGCAAACAAAUUUCUCAAAAGACUACAUCAGCAAAGCAUGCGAGGUAUUUAGAUCAUGUUCAAAAGCACGGAGGCCCCGGAAAGCCCAGCUAGCUGCCUUUCUAUCCUUAUUGAAUGCUUAUGUACCAGGUUCCUAUCUGCUGGAGUCUCAGUGUCUUGACUUCCUCCGAUUUGAAAACCCAACUUGUAAAAACAUAAUGGAAGAAAAAAUGCAGCCCUUUGGUCACCUCAUUGUCACCUACCAACAAGAUGAAAGAUCAGAGAGAAAGGUCCGCAUGACUCACCCAUUGAUAGCAAAAUGUUGUACUGACAUUGUAGAUUCUAACGGAGUGACCAGAAGUGACACAGCAAGAAACCUCCUGAAUAACUUUCACAGAUACCAGGAUCAUGGGGACUUCCCACAAUAUUUGCUUGGUUUUAUCAAAGACAUGCUAACCAAAAGAGAAAUGAAAACAAAAUACAACCCAUCCACUGGUUCAGAGGUUAAAGGGGACCAAGAAAGAUUUUCUAAACUCAUUCUGGAUAUCCAAAAGAAGGAGAGCAGUGUCCAGAGUGCAUCGAUUUUAAAGGUGGCAACAAAAACAUUUCUUCACAAUCCUUUUUUCCCACAAGCUCUUGCUCGCGUCUGCUACAUAGAACUAAAAUUGUAUAAUCUGGCAGAAAUGUGGGCGAAGAGGGCAAAGCAAAGAGAUCCCCAAAAUUCUUUUAUCGCUGAUACUUUAGGUCAGGUCCAUAAGAACCAUCUCAAGAACAAAGGGAAAACUUAUGACUCAAGACAAAUCUUGCAGAUAGCUAAAAAGGCCAUUGAAGCUUUCAAGGAUGAAGAGCAGCUAGCGGAAGAAGACAUGAAGAAGACAGACAUGUCUGACGAUGGAGUAGCUAGAUUCCCUCAUAUGUUCAAUUGCAGAGGGCAGUUUGGGUUUCUACAAGUCUGCAAUCUUCUCUAUGACUUGCUUGUAGAGAAAAAUGAAAACUGGAAAGCGGUUCUUACAAAGAACGUGACCUUGUGUUCUGUCCUGAAAAUACUUGGAGACAAAAGACUGCACAGAUUCAAUGAUCUUAUAAAUGGCCUUAAAGGAGAAGUUGAGAAAAAAGCUCAGUUUUUUGAUGAAUAUCUGACGUACUCAAAGAUUAGCAUAGAUAAAGAUGACCCUGAAUACAUUUCAAAAGGCACCUCUGAAUGUCAAAAGAAGUAUGUUGGUGACUUACCAUCUACACAAGUUAAACCAAAUGUUGCCAAGUAUAUGCAUGAGCUUCAGCAGAACCGUGCGGCAACAUCUGCAGGAGUACUUGCAUGUAUGGACAGAGAGUACUCUGCAGAUCUGUACAUGGAUAUAACCAGAUGUUGGAAAGAAAUAUUUGAAAACACCAAUUCCAACUCAGAUUUGACCAACUUCAUCCUGGCUUACGUUUUGUCCCUGAAUGUGGGUGCAACAUUUCCCUUUUCUCCUGCCGCUUUAAUUCAAAGACUCAAACAGAGAACACCACUCAAUCACAAUGAUCCUCCUGAGCAGCACAUGCUAGCCUUACUCUUGCACUGGCCCACAGACAGUGAAGAAAACGGUGUCUUUGACUUGAACCAACAAAUUCAGGAAAUGCACCGCUCCUAUGAAAAAACAUACAUAAAGUACUUUAGAUCCAGGUGCCUUCACCCACUGUUUUUCAUUGGAAAAGGAAAAGAUCUGGACAGACUUGUUCACAGAAAAGUUCUCGAGCAGUUAGACCAAAGCCAUCAAACGGAUCCAGACUGCAGCAAUAAGUGGGGAAAUGAAAAUAUAUUUAAAAAUGAAAAGGUCAAAGAGCGCCUCCUCAAGGUUAAAGGGGUAGUAAGAAACUACAAAGUCUUCCUUACUAUUGGUAGCAAACAGAUUGAAAUUGAAGCCAAUCUGCAAAGAUGUCUCUGGAGACCACGACAAGUUUACUUUUUCCUCGGAUUUACCAUCAGAGGUCCUGUAGCCUUUGGAAUCCAGACUAAAAGACCAGAUGGAGAGGUGAGCAAGUUGGAGUGUUCAAACCCAGAAGAAUCAACUUGAAAACCCCUCCUUUCCACCAAUGCCACCCAGAGACCAUGAUGUUUCUUCUGAUAAAUCCACAUUUUUGUUUUUCAUUACUCAUUAGUCAGUUUUUCAAGUUACAAACUGUUUUUGGUUCAUUAGUUUAGAUUUUUGGGUUAAGGUUAAUUGAAGGUGCCCAAAUGCAACGGCCAACUACAUAUCUAGUUUAAGGCUGUCCCAUUAUUUUGUUUGUUUUGGCCAGGGCCCCACUGACUUUUUUGUUGUUGUUAUUUUGCAAAUUAUAUUUUGAUUAAGCUUACUGGAAACUAUUGUAGAUGUAUGUUAUGUUCAAAGGAGGUAUUUACAUCAGGGACCAUUAUACAGGUUAGAUAAACUUUUUUAUUAAAUGAUUUUGUUAUAUGUUCAAACUUUAAAUCUGCAAAAAAUAUACAUUGUCUUAUUGAACAUAUGCUAGUCAAAGGGAAAUGUAAUAAAAUAAAUGUAAAAAUGUUUAUUGGGAUGUUAAAAAAAUAAAAAAUAUAUGUUGGUGCAA